AUGGAGGCAAAGACUUUGAAUGAACAAUUGGAAGAACGUGAAGAUCCACACUUUAGAUCCAAACAACAAGAAUAUGACUGUGCCACUGAGAUACUGCCCUAUCUCUAUCUGGCCGGUGAAGGUGCUUGUGCACCAGACAACCUUAAAUCAUUAGGUGUUACAUUGGUCAUCAAUGUUGCUGAAGAAUGUAGGUCAAAGGUGUAUCAUGAACGUGAUGGCAUCAAUGAAUUGAAACUACCGAUUAUGGAUAGGGUAGGUGAUGAACAUCAGUUUGAUACCUUCUACAAACUGUUCCAACAUAUUGAUGACAUUGCUCAGACCAAGGGCAAGUGUAUCAUACAUUGCAAGAGAGGGAGAUCAAGAAGCGCAACCAUAGUCAUAGCCUACCUAAUGUAUAAAUUGAACUACACACUCAAUGAUGCAUUCCAUCAUGUAAAGGAACGAAGGAAGAUUAUUGGGCCACAUUAUGACCUCAAGUUGCAACUGUUGCACUGGGAGAGAUACUUGAACAAGUCGGCCACAAACACCUUGGAUGUGGCACACUUCAUUGGGAGAGACUACUCGUAG